AAGUCAGAAAUGGCAUUUGCUAACAGUUUACAAACAUUUAUGACUGCAUACUUAAUGGCUAUUAAAAUUGCAUACAUAGAUUUUUUUGGCCACUUGGGAGCAGCAGAAACAAGCUGUAAACACAACACUGCCAUAUUGUUGCCUUUUGAGUUGCUAUGUGGCAAAUGUUUGUUUAUUUACACGUCCAGCAGACGCAAAGCGACAUCAUUGUACAUUUGGAGUCAUGUUUGUGUCCACCUGAUGAAUGAAAGUACAGUAUUCGCCCUCUUUUAGCUCUGUGUUUGGUCUCCACCAGCUCCUGAGGGAAACAUCUGACUCUCUAGCUGCUAAAUGCUCCACUAUGUUCAUUAGCUUGUUGCUCACUUUAUGUGUUUGCCGUUUGGUGCUGGACAGGUAGUGAAUAUAUGGUUUAUCAGAGGUGUUUCACCUGCCGGUUGCAUCUGAAAAUGAGGUUAACAAUCCCUGUCAUAUUUAUCUAUAUUGUGUAAUCCAUUGUUGAUAUAAAAUGUUGAUCAUAGUUGGUUUAAAGGGUCAAGAUAAAGCUGGAGGGAUGGCAGAGCCAAAUGGUGGCCAGUGGUAACCAUGACUGAAGCUUUGCUGUGCCAUUGGCCACCACACACUGAGCUGUUAAACCAAUCUAUUGAAGGUUUAACAAAAAGAAUAGCCCAUUAAUAUUUAAAUGUUGGCUACUUGGUCCUCAUUUAGCAGUCACUGUUGCCUGAGUGAGUUAAUGAAACACUCUGACUGACAUAAUGGCUACUCGGUCUAAAUCGUGCCUCACAGCAAAGAAAUGAACAAGGCACACUAAAGGAAAUACUGGUCUCUGUCCUGGAGGUGGAUGAGCUCCAGCCAAAGGAAGUGGAACAGUGCUUUUGGAUCAAUCCAAGUAGGACUGGUCCAAACUGUUAUUUUCAUGAUCUAAUAAUGUACUUUUUGAUUAAUUAAUUAAUAGUUCAAUCUAUGAAAUGUCAAAAUUCACAGCUUGAAGCAACAAGCAGCCUCAGAUGUCAAAGGUCAUUCUUCUCUGACCCCCCCAGACCAAGGCAGAGUUAGACAACAGCACCAUUUUGUCAAAUUCAAGACGUAUGAGAUUAUAUCACGAGAUAUAAAUAAUACAUGAGCUUAAAGAGAAGGUGAGAAAUCGGCAGUGAGUGGUUUUUCAUCAGGCCUCCAUUACUUUGAAAGCAUUAUGUCUAAUUCAGCAUAGUGGGGCCCUUAACUGACUCCUGGAGUCAGGACAGGGACUCUGGGGAGAUUAGAGGGUCAUGAUGGAGAGACAGCUGUGAUAUAAUGUCAGUGUGAUGUAAAGAGAGAGAGAGAGAGGGAGAGGGAGAGAGAGAGAGGAGAUGGACCGUGGCCAAUGAUCGGCAAGCAGAGAAUAACUAAAGUAGAGACAGAGAGGAGAUGUCAUAAAGCCAGCUCUUCUCCACAGGCCUAAAAUGCGAGCGAGUCACAUAGGAUGAGCGGAGACACAAAGCCGGAUAUGAAGCAAGAGGUGAUGAGGAGCAGCCAGGUGGUUUAGUCCAUUUAUUAAUUUGAUUCAUUAGUCCGGGUCAUUUCAUAGACGCGCUGGCGGUUGAUACAGAGCAGCAGCCAGGUCGAGAUUAUAUCCUGAAACACCGUUUGUCCUGAACAUGAUGUCGAAUUCCAAGAUCCUACAAUAGCGGAGUCUGAGGAGGAACCGGAUUCACGGGACGCAUGAAUUAAACAAUCAUCUGCACCUCACGUUUCCCCCCCCCCCUCCUCCUCCUUCACCCCCCUCCCUUAAUGUGCCCAAACGGAGGUGUGUGGAGGAGAGAGCGAUUCGAGCCCGCAGCCGAUGCCCGGAGAAAACAGCAGCCUGUGUGCAGGCAGCUGUGGACGACAGGAAGGUGGUACCCAAAGCGUCGGUGUUUAUUAUCUGGGAUCUGACUCUGGAGGCGCGUCGCUGAGGUAUGGGCUGCGCUCCCAGUAUCCACGUCUCUCAGAGCGGGGUGAUCUACUGCCGAGACUCAGACGAAUCCAACUCCCCCCACCAGACCACCACCAUCUCUCAGGGCACCGCGGCCACGCUACACGGGCUCUUCAUCAAGACCGAUGCGGCCGAGACCAUCCCCUCCGUCAUCACCUACCAGAGCCGGCACUCGCGGAACAACUCGUACCGGGAUCGCAAGGAGAACAGCGGAGGACAGAGCCGCAUCGAGGCCGAGACGCAGACCAGCCACACCAGCGUCAAGGUUUCAGCUACAGAAGAAUGUGUAGGACCUAUGAGACUGACUCAAGAGCCAAUUCAGGUCCUGCUGGUGUUCGCCAAGGAGGACAGCCAAAGCGAUGCCUUCUGGUGGGCCUGCGACCGCGCUGGCUUCAGGUGUAACAUCGCACGGACACCCGAGUCCGCCGUCGAGUGUUACCUGGACAAGCACCACGAGAUUAUAGUCAUCGAUGGACGCCACUCACGCUACUUUGAGCCUGAAGCCGUCUGCCGGUUGAUCCGCGCCACAAAGCCCUCGGAAAACACAGUCAUUCUCGCCGUCGUGCCACAAAAACCGCCUGACCAGGACGAGCCAUCUGUUCUUCCUCUCCUCUGUGCUGGAUUUAGCAGAAGGUUUGUGGAGAACAGCAGUGUGUCCGCCUGCUACAAUGAGCUCAUACAGAUUGAACAUGGAGAGGUGCGCUGCCAGUUCAAACUCAGGGCUUGUAACUCUGUCUUCACUGCUUUGGAGCAUUGUCAAGAGGCUGUGGAGAUCACCAGUGAGGACCACAUAAUACAGUACGUGAACCCGGCGUUCGAGCGGAUGAUGGGUUACCACAAGGGGGAGCUGAUCGGGAAGGAACUGACUGAACUCCCCAAGAGCGACAAGAACAGAGCUGACCUGCUGGACACCAUCAACACCUGUAUCAAAAAAGGAAAGGAAUGGCAGGGCAUUUACUACGCCAGAAAGAAGUCAGGCGACAGUAUACAGCAGCAUGUGAAGAUUACACCUGUAAUCGGCCAAGGAGGUAAAAUCCGACAUUUCGUCGCCAUCAAGAGACCUCACAUUGACAACAACAAUCAGGUCCACAAGUUCAACAAAGAGGAGAGAUGCAGUGGGGAACAUUCUCAAUCAGAGUGCCAUUCUCUGCGUCACCGGGACAGGAGGAAAGAUUCAAUUGACGCCCGAUCGCUCAGCUCCCGCGGCAGUGACGCUCCCAGUUUACAGAAUCGAAGAUAUUCCUCCAUUGCCAGGAUUCACUCCAUGACCAUCGAGGCUCCCAUCACCAAGGUUAUAAACAUCAUCAAUGCGGCGCAGGAGAGCAGUCCGGUGACCGUGGCCGAGGCCCUGGACCGCGUGUUGGAGAUCCUGAGAACCACCGAGCUCUACUCCCCUCAGCUCGCCUCCAAGGAAGAUGACCCCCACACCAACGACCUGGUUGGGGGGCUCAUGAGCGAUGGGCUGAGAAGACUCUCUGGGAAUGAAUAUGUCUUCUGCAAAAAUAUGAGCCAGAGCCAGCUGGCCAUCCCGGUCACUCUGAAUGACGUGCCUCCGUCCAUCGCCGAGAUGCUGAAUGAUGAGGAGUGCUGGGAGUUCAACAUCCUGGAGUUGGAGGCAGCAACACACAAGAGACCGCUGACUUACCUCGGGCUGAAGAUCUUCACGAGCUUCGGCGUGUGCGAGUUCCUGAACUGCUCGGAGGCCACGCUGCGCUCGUGGCUGCAGCUCAUGGAGGCCAGCUACCACUCCUCCAACUCGUACCACAACUCCACGCACGCCGCGGACGUGCUGCACGCCACCGCCUACUUCCUACGCAAAGAGAGAGUCAAGGGCAGUCUGGACCAGCUGGACGAGGUGGCGGCGUUGAUAGCAGCCACGGUGCAUGACGUGGACCACCCAGGCAGAACCAACUCCUUCCUGUGCAACGCUGGCAGUGAACUGGCGAUCCUCUACAACGACACCGCCGUGCUGGAGAGCCACCACGCCGCCCUCGCCUUCCAGCUCACCGUGCGGGACAGCAAGAGCAACAUCUUUAAGAACAUUGACAGGAAUCAGUUCCGAACACUGCGACAGGCCAUCAUCGACAUGGUGCUGGCCACGGAGAUGACCAGACACUUCGAGCACGUCAGCAAGUUUGUCAACAGCAUCAACAAACCGAUGGCUGCCAUAGAAGAGACCAGCACAAGUAGCAUGAACAGCGACUGCGACAGUCAGGCCAACAUCAGGAACUCUCCAGAGAACCGUCUGCUGAUAAAGAGGAUGUUGAUCAAGUGUGCAGAUGUGGCAAACCCCUGCAGACCGCUGGAGCUCUGCAUCGAGUGGGCCGGACGGAUCUCAGAGGAGUACUUUGCACAGACAGAUGAGGAGAAGAGACAAGGGCUGCCAGUGGUGAUGCCAGUGUUUGACAGGAACACCUGCAGCGUGCCCAAAUCUCAGAUCUCCUUCAUAGACUACUUCAUCACCGAUAUGUUUGACGCCUGGGAUGCCUUCGCCAGCCUGCCUGGUCUCAUGGAGCACCUGUCGGAGAACUACAAGUACUGGAAGAACUUGGACGAGAUGAAGUGUAAGAGCCUGCGCCCGCCCCCUCCUUCUUGACCAAGUCCUCGUCACCUCCUCUCCAUCCAUUGCUCCGAGCUGGGUGGGACGCCGAACGCAGCCCUGCGGUGGAACAGUUAGUCUCAUCAGCUGUGACUCUCUACCCCCCCACCCCGAGGACUCUGAGACGCUGAACCCUGAGACGCUGUUUCCAUCUCAAAUCACAGCCUCUUUUCUUGUGUGCUUCUAGCUGGAGGAGGUGUUCUGCCAGUGGAGAACAGGUUGUCAUUUGAGGGCCCCCCUCCCCCACCGUCGAUACUCAGUUGUAUUCCUAACAGAACCUCUGUGAAACUGUGUGGGCCUCACGGCUCGCCUGACAAUCUGUACCAUACAGUGUAACACACCAGAAACCUGCACUUUAGCUGAUCAGGACACUUUCAUUCUGAGCUCCCUCUUGCUUUAGUUGCUUCUCACAGUCUUUUUUUUAUCAGCUGUUGCAUUCACUCUUCUGUCUAUUGCUGUAAAAGAAACACGUGAAUAAGUCGGUAACCAAAUCUAGAGGUACUGACUGAAAAUAAGGACCUACAGAGGAUCUGUUCAUGCGUGGCGCUGAAUGUGUGUGUUCAUUUUCAAAUUGCCAACAUGUGAAGGUGCUCAGCUGGAAUUAUUAACUCUGAUGAGCUGUGGUAUGAGACACACUUUGACUUGUGUCUGGGACCAGAUUCUUAACCAAUCAGAGGUCCCUGUUCACCUGCAACUUGUUGGAAGUAUUUAAGAACCGGAGCAAACCAGCCAGCACACAGGUUUUCCUAAAUGUCCAGCUCCAUAUGCAGAGGGGGAGUCAGAGAAGGGCUGUUUCUGUGAUCAGUUCUAGAUUUAAAAAUUCAUGUAGCUGCGUAACAAACAUCUACCGUUGUAGUCAUUUCCUCUACGUUGUGGUGAAAGCAGCCGGUGGAGAUCUUUGUCAAACCUCGAGGUCGGAACAGAGCUGCGUUGUAUCAGGGCUGUUUUAAGUCGGAGUUAUCAGAUGUUACAUUCAUAGCUCUGCGACACAAACUGUAGACGUUUGCACCCAAGAAAGAAACAAAUCUGACAUGUGAGUAUCUGAACAAUAUAGAUAUAAAAGCCUUCUGACUGUUGUAUGGUGCACAAACCUCUAAAGUCUUUAUGUAUUUGUAUGUCUGAGGCAGAAAUUGGCCUCACAGCGGCCGGACAGAUGUGUGAAGGAGCAGAGGAUCCAUGUUUGGAUCCAGCAGCUGCAGCUCUCACGUGGCUUGUGUUAAACUGACUUUACUGUAUUUCCAAUCCUUUACCUUUUUUUGAUUGGAGGUGUCAGACAGAGGAACAUCAGAUCAGGAGAUUUCUAUGCUGUGUCUGCCCUCUGGUGGCUGAAUGGGGGCGUUGCAGAAGUCUUGCAUUAACAAAAAUGCAUCCACAGGAAAUUAGUUAUUACCCCACUGGGAAUGGUAAUAAAAAAGACAAUGAUUAAUCAAAGUCAGCAUUUAUGAAACAAACUAUCAUCUUUAAUAUCUGAGGUUGAACCAGGCACCAGUAUUAUGACACUUUUAGACAUUUAAUUACUUCCUGUAUUUUUCAGAGCUUUUAUUUUAAUGUUGAGGUGUAACAGUAUUGAAAAGCACUACUGCCACAGAGAACCACAGAGUGAAAUCAUUUUAUAAAUGAAAGAAAACUGGAUUUGCAGAUAUUCCAAAACCUGCCCGAGCUUGCUUGGUGAAAUUUCAUUACUAUCCAUUUACCAGUUGUUGUCCCCUAAGGCUCCAUCUGAAUGAUAGGACACGUUGCUGCGUCUGUGUACAGUAUGUGUGUGUGCGUUAAUCCAGGAAACGCACAUUACAGUAUUAACCAAAGGCACAGAGAGCUCUUUACAGGUGCCUUAUUCUUUGGUCAUCUUUACAGAAACAAGUAUUUUUUUUUUUUGGUUGAAAUAGUUCCUGCUCUAAAGAGAGAAAAAAAAUGAAGAAAAAGCCAUAAAUGUUUUAGAUAUUUAAGAAUAAAAUCUGCGCUAUGGUCUGUGCUACAGUUUUGGGUUGAGUCAGUGUUCACAGUUCAUGACGGUCCGGACGUUUCACCGUUUCUUUUUGUACGACGGAGGUUUUUAAAGACGUGGACUGAAUCGGGUGCAGUUGGCUCAAAUGUGAAUUUCAUAAUUGUUUUGUCAGCUACUGGUUUCAGUUCACUUCAAAGACACAGAACUGGUCACAUCCACGUUCAAUGUAUUCACUCUGACGUAGUUAUUUUAUUGAUGAUGAUCAAGGUCUUAAUCAAUGCCUUAAUCCUGUCUCACUGUUUUAGGUCUGCUAUUGUUGCAAUACACUGUAAAAACUACCUAAUGUAACUGCUGUUCUUGUAAAUACUCAGCCUAUAUAUCUUUUUGUUUUUUGUUUUUUUGCUUUGCAUUUCACAAAAUGUGCGUGUGUAACUUUUUUUGUUUUUUGUUUUGGCUGUUUCAUGAUUUCCAAAAUCUCUAAAAACAAAAACGUUUUGAUAUUUUCCAGUGGCUCCACCUCUGAAUGUUUCACAACUGCUAUCACUGAUCAUCAGAUGAUAUUUUUGCAAAGAUUUCUAUUCUACAGAGACGAUUUAAAUAUUUCCUGCCUUUUCUGUGAGCAGCAGCAGUGACUGGAAUGUGAUGAUGCGAAUUAGAUCGGAUGACAGCCAAUCGCUUAACGCCUCGCUCCGAGUGCGCUGAGGCAGAACCGGAUUGUAUAACUGCUUGUUAUGUAAUGAUAAGCCUUCAUCACUUACAGUGAUUUCUACUUCCUCUCCCUCAUCUCUUGACACUGAUGGCCGUGGCUGCGACAACGUGCCAAUUCUGUGUUUUGUAUCAUUCCUAUAAACCAAACAAUAAUUAGAAAGUGAUGAUAUAUACGGUACAAAUUAUUUUUCAAAGAAGGAAAAAAAAAAAAAUCAUUAUCGGCCAUGAGGAGUGUAAUGUGUUGUUUUGAAAGAUUUUACUGCCUCAUGCAAAGUAGUGACAGGAGCUUUCUGUCAGUCACUUAAAGUCGACCAUGUUUGUUUGAAAAAUGUCAUGUAUUUUAUGCUCUCUGGAUGAUGAUGUCUUAUUUUGAUGUUCCCUGUCAAACACAAAAAUGUAUUGUGAGAGACAAUUAAAGAAUUCUUUGAAAAUGAA